GCUGAAUAGUUCUAAAUGUUCAAGAAUGUUCUUACGUAUUCAUGAAUUUAGCUAUGGCCAAAUUAAACAAUUGGUCGAACGUAAAGAUGAUUAUCGUUUACGUUUAUUGUAUCGAUUUGAAAUGGCCAUCAUAAUCAUAUACAUUAUUCGUGUUAUGGCUAUUAUGUUGAUGCUUCAAUGGCCAGAUUUAUUUCCUAUAUAUCGAUAUGAUUAUUUUAGUGAUUUUAUAUGGAGAUAUCAUGAUAUUUAUAAUGAAUUUUUAUUAUUCAUAUUGAUUUUGGUACUUUUAAUUAUUGUUGUAGGUUUGCAUACAUUUUAUCUUUGUGAUAAACAAACAUUGGCGUUUCAAGUUCUUUACGAUAUAAUGGUCAUUAAUUUUGAAUAUUAUCAAAAAUGUGUUAUUAAAAAUCCAAUUAUCAUAAAGAAUGCGAUUGAAAUUCGACGACAAAAUUAUCUUCGAAAACGUAUGACUAUUAAAAAAACGAUCAUACCGUUAUUUAUAUAUAGUCGAUAUUGCUGGCUAAAAGCAUGGUUUGAUUCUUGGUUAGAAAUGGAAUCUUUUAGAUUAAAUAGAUCGAUGUUCAUUAGAAAUCCAAUGAAAUUAUUUUCAAAAGCACCAGUACGUGCAAGAGUAUAUCUUGUUCUUUUUAUGAUCAUACAAGAUGGUUUAAAUUUCAUUCUCCAUUUAAUUGCAAUGUUUUUAUCAAUUUACGUAAUAAGUAAUCUCAUUAAAGAAUUUUCUGAACAUUAUAUCGAAAGUAUUGGCACAUGGUUUAUCGUAAUUCUUGAUCUAAUUGUAUUACUUAAUGGAACAAUGAAUUUAUUGCAAUCAGGAUUAUUGACCAUAUUUGCGGCAUCAACAUCAUCAUUAGUCUAUUGUCUUUGUUUUAAUAAUUUGAAUAGGAAAUUUUAUUCAUUAAUACGAAAUAUUGGUGAAAAAGAAUAUUUUCCUCAUUUCAGUCUUUGGCAAUUACAGUUUAUUUGCUCCGAGCAUAAUCGUCUUACUGGUUUUAUAAUAUGCACAGAUCGUUUGAAAUGGAGUAUGGCAUUAUGUCAAUUCCUUAUGGUUGGCAUACCGAUGAAUGUAUGUUUUAUGUGCAUUCUAAUAUUUGGCCAUCCAAGUCAAAGUGAAAAACAGAUUUAUAUAUUCAUAACGGUAUUACAUGCAUUCAGUUCAAUUUUACCCACAGCAUCAUUAGCCCAUAUAUAUAAUUAUAUUGAACAUAUUCGAAAAUACAUUUCAAGAAGUAUUCCAUAUUUAGGACAUUUACGAUUGAAAUUAAAAUAUGAACAGCUUUAUGGUCAUCUUAUGUAUGGUAAUCUAUAUUGUUUUACAUUCGGUUAUAUUGGUCCUGUUACCUACACUACCCUUUCUCAGGUUUUGAAUCUUUCAACCAAAAUGUUCAUACGUAUUCAUGAAUUUAGUUAUGGCCAAAUUAAACAAUUGGUCGAACAUAAUGAUGAUUAUCGUUUACGUUUGUUGUAUCGAUUUGAAAUGGUCAUCAUAAUCAUAUACAUUAUUCGUAUCAUGGCAAUUAUGUUGAUGUUUAAAUGGCCGGAUUUAUUUCCUUUAUUUCGAUACGAUUAUUUCGGUGAUUUUAUAUGGAGAUAUCGUGAUAUUUAUGAUGAAUUUUUAUUAUUCCGUUUAUUAUUAGUAUUCAUACUCACUGUUGUAGGUUUGCAUACAUUUUAUCUUUGUGAUAAACAAACAUUAGCGUUUCAAAUUCUUUACGAUAUAAUGGUUAUCAAUUUUGAACAUUAUCGAAAAUGUCUUAUUAAAGAUCCAAUUAUCAUACGNCGACGACAAAAUUAUCUUCGAAAACGUAUGACUAUUAAAAAAACGAUCAUACCGUUAUUUAUAUAUAGUCGAUAUUGCUGGCUAAAAGCAUGGUUUGAUUCUUGGUUCGAAAUGGAAUCAUUUCGAUUGAAUCGAAGAAUGUUCAUCAAAAAUCCAAUGAAAUUAUUUACAAAAGCACCAGUGCGUGCAAGAGUUUAUCUUGCCUUUUACAUGAUCAUACAAGAUGGAAUCAAUUUUAUUAUUCAUUUAAUUUCAAGUUAG